AAGCUCACACACACCUCACUCUCUCUCUCUCUCUCUCUCUCUCUCUCUUCCGUUGGAGUAAAAAAGGAGGGGAAAGUGAGAAAAAGAGGAGAAAAGCUCACACCACCCACCUCCUCCAUUACUAGUUUACUUCUCUUCUCCUCCUUUCUCCCCCAUUCCCCCAAUUCAUUCCUUCGCCGAACCACCAGAGUGGUGGAGAGUAGCUAGCAGAGUAGCAGAGCGGUGGGAGCAGCAGCAGCCGUAGCCGCAUCCGGAGAGAUUCGGGCAGGAGAAGCCGCCGCAGCGAUGGGCGCGCCGGUGCGCGGCGCCCUCGUCUUCUUGCUUCUUCUCGCCGGCGCGGCCGCGGAGACGGCGCCGGAGGAACCCACAUUGCCCUCCGCCGCCGCCGAUGGGGCGGCUAGUAGCGGGACAACAUCUGGCGCUGGUGCUGGAACGGGAAUCAACUCGAACUCGGUGCUGGUGGCGCUGCUGGACUCGCAUUACACGGAGCUGGCGGAGCUGGUGGAGAAGGCCCUGCUGCUCCAGACGCUGGAGGACGCCGUCGGCAAGCACAACGUCACCAUCUUCGCGCCGCGGAACGAGGCGCUGGAGCGUGACCUCGACCCGGAGUUCAAGCGCUUCCUGCUCGAGCCGAGGAACCUCAAGUCGCUCCAGUCGCUGCUCCUCUUCCACGUCCUCCCCGCCCGCCUCCCCUCCGGGUCCUGGUCCGCCGUCUCCCACCCCACGCUCUCCGGCGAGGAGGUUGAGCUCGCCGCCGCCGCCAACGACGGCGCGAUGCGCGUCGCCCACGCCGCCGUCACCCGCCCGGACGCCGUGCUCAGGCCGGACGGUGUCAUCCACGGGAUCGAGCGCCUCCUCGUGCCGCGCUCUGUCCAGGAGGACUUCAACCGCCGCCGCAGCCUCGCCGACAUCUCCGCCGUGCUGCCAACUGGCGCGCCCGAGGUUGACCCGAGGACGCACCGCCUCAAGAAGCCGGCGCCGCCCGUGCCACCCGGCGCGCCCCCGGUGCUUCCGAUCUGGGACGCCAUGGCCCCCGGCCCAUCCAUCGCGCCGGCGCCUGCCCCUGGACCGGGCUCCGGGAAGCACCACUUCGACGGCCACAGCCAGGUGAAGGACUUCAUCCAGACCCUCCUCCUGUACGGCGGCUACAACGAGCUCGCCGACAUCCUCGUCAACCUCACCUCGCUCGCCACCGAGAUGGGCCGGCUCGUCUCCGAGGGGUACGUGCUCACCGUGCUCGCGCCCAACGACGAGGCCAUGGCGCGCCUCACCACCGACCAGCUCAGCGAGCCCGGCUCGCCGGAGAACAUCCUGUACUACCACAUGAUCCCGGAGUACCAGACCGAGGAGAGCAUGUACAACGCGGUGCGGCGGUUCGGCAAGGUGCGCUACGACACGCUGCGGCUGCCGCACAAGGUGGUGGCGCGCGAGGCCGACGGCUCAGUCAAGUUCGGCCAUGGCGAGGGCUCGGCGUAUCUCUUCGACCCGGACAUCUACACGGAUGGCAGGAUCGCAGUGCAGGGCAUUGACGCCGUGCUGUUCCCGCCGGAUGACACCAAGACGGCGCCGGACACGGCGCCGGUCAGGAGGGCGCCCGCCGUCACCGGCACUCGCAAGAAGAACAAACUCCGGAGAGGCAAGUUGUUAGAAGCAACGUGCCAAAUGGCUGGCAUCCUUGGUCAGCGAUUGCGAUUCGCAAGCUGCCAGUAGACGGCGAAAGAUUGAUCUCAUGAUACCGAAACACGAACUAGAAUGAGGUGAUGGACUGUGCUGGAGCCGUCCACAUUACCAUUUGUUUUUUUUUAUUUUUAUUUUUGUUUAUUAUUACGAAUAAUAAAUCAGGUGGGGAAUGUAAUCUGGUGGCUGUUGGUGUCUGAAAAAAAAAAAGGCAGGAAAAUGUUCAUACUUGAAGACCGAGAUCUUCUGUGUAUAGGAGCGUUUUUUUUUAUAUUUUUUUCCGUCAUUUUUUCUUCUUUUUCUGUUUUGACAGAAUGCCGAGUAAACAAUUAAACAUCACAGCAUCCUUGGUGUUAAAGCUAGUAGUAAUCAAUUCUGCAUCUUCUAUAGAUCUAAUCAUUUAUGCGAA